AUGUUUAUUACACCUGGUGUCAAAAGGAAGCGUUCGAGAACGCAGUCUCUUCCUCCACCCGAACUUCCUCGUUUGAUUGCUGAACAACAUGUCCCCAUACCUGCGAGUGACAAGGAUACCAAAAGAUUGAUCGUGGUACUGUCGAACGCCAGCCUCGAAACCUACCGAGCAGCCCACAGUGGGAAACCAGGCGGGAAAGAAGAGAAGUAUUCGCUCUUGAACAGCGAUGAACACAUCGGUGUGAUGAGGAAGAUGGGCCGUGACAUAAGUGAUGCCAGACCCGACAUCACUCAUCAGUGCCUGCUUACUCUCCUGGACUCUCCCAUCAACAAGGCCGGCAAGCUGCAGAUUUACAUUCACACUGCCAAGGGCGUUUUGAUCGAAGUUAGCCCAACCGUGCGGAUCCCGAGAACGUUCAAACGAUUCGCCGGUCUCAUGGUUCAACUCCUCCACAGGUUGUCCAUUCGAUCGGUAAAUUCACAGGAGAAACUUCUCAAGGUCAUAAGAAAUCCCAUCACGGACCAUCUCCCACCAAACUGCCGAAAGGUGACCCUGAGUUUCGAUGCCGAUGUCGUCCGAGUCCGGGAUUACGUCGACACGUUAGGCCCUUCAGAGAGUAUAUGUGUCUUUGUCGGCGCCAUGGCCAAAGGAAAGGACGACUUUGCAGACGCCUUCAGGGACGAAUCUAUCAGUAUCAGCAACUACAGUCUCAGUGCAAGCGUCACCUGCAGCAAAUUCUGUCACGCUUGCGAAGAUGCCUGGAGCAUUGUCUAA